AUGUCACAUGUCGAACCAGGGUUUAAUACCCUUCACAUUCCUUGCACGAAACCAGGCUGCAACCGCUGGUUCAAGAACAAGUCUGGUCUUACACAACAUACAAACACCAUCCAUUCAGUCCUUUCCAGCACCGCACCCUCACAUCCGCUUCAGUCCGAUCAAUCCCCUUCACCUUGUUUUGAUGCCGAUAUCAACCCUGAGCAAUAUGAUGGCACCAACUUGGACAAAGAGUACCAUGCUGCCACUCCUGGUCCUGCACAACCACCUGCAGAGUUCUUUGGUGCCGGUGACCGCUUGUAUCGAAAUUAUCACCCUUACUUGACUGCUUGUCCAUGUGAUUCAGAAGGGAGCUUCCUUCCUCCUGGCACUCCACCUCUACUGUUGUCGGACAAAGCAUUCAAUGACUGGACUCCCUACUCUGAUCGUACUCCUUUGGGCAAAGUGCAAUGGCAGUCAUUCUCGGUCAAAUACACUGGAGAUCGCACAGUUGACGACACCGCACCAUGGAUGGAAGAUAGUUAUGAUAAUAUGCUUGCUAACCCUGAUUACGCCCUGGAGAUGGAUCUGCAGCCUUACCAUGAGUUUGCGACUGAAACAGAUGAGCGCCAAUGGCAAGACUUUAUGUCUGGUGAUUGGGCUUGGAAUCAUGCAGAUCAAAUUUCUGAUGAUCUGGACACUCAUGGCUCGACGUUCGUGCCUGUCAUUCUUGGCAGUGAUAAAACCACUGUAUCAGUUGCAACUGGGCAGAACGACUAUUACCCACUAUAUGCGUCAAUCGGAAAUGUUCGCAACAAUGUGCGCCGUGCUCACCGUAAUGCAGUUUCUGUAAUCGGAUUUCUAGCAAUGCCAAAGACAACUAAACAGCAUGCUAAGACUGCAGAUUUCCGCAAUUUCCAUCACCAAUUAUUUCAUUCAUCAAUUUCGUACAUACUGAAGAACUUGAAGCCCGCAAUGACGAAGCCUGAAGUUGCACGCUUUGGCGAUGGUCAUUAUCGCUGUGUUAUCUAUGGAUUAGGCCCAUAUAUUGCUGACUAUGAAGAACAAGUGCUGCUUGGAUGCAUAGUCAAAAAUUGGUGCGCUAAAUGUCUUUCAGAUCGCAAGAGUCUUGACGAUGACAGUCUCCGACGCUCAAAAACACAUACUGAGGCACUAAUCGAAGAAUGUGACCAUUUGGCACUCUGGGACGAGUUUGGAAUUGCCGCCCAACUUGUGCCAUUUACGAAUGACUUUCCCCGUGCCGAUAUACAUGAACUCAUUGCGCCAGAUCUUCUUCAUCAAAUAAUCAAGGGGGUGUUCAAGGACCACUUGGUGGUCUGGGUCGAAAAAUAUCUCGUGCAGACGCAUGGACAAACACAGGCCGAUGUUAUUCUGGAUGACAUUGAUAGAAGAAUCGCAGCAGUUCCUGCAUUUUCAGGACUGCGCAGAUUUCCUCAAGGACGCAACUUUCAACAGUGGACUGGAGACGAUUCAAAGGCGCUUAUGAAGGUAUAUUUGCCAGCAAUCGAAGGCUAUGUCCCAGUCGAAAUUGUCCGCACAUUUCAUGCUUUCCUCAAAUUUUGUUAUCUUGUCCGUCGUAAUAUUAUCACAGAGAAGACACUUACAGAAAUUGAUGAUGCGCUCGCUCGAUUCCAUCAGUAUCACGAAAUCUUCAAGUCCUCUGGGAUGAUUCUGACAUUCUCACUCCCCCGACAACAUUCGAUGAAACACUACCAUACUCUUAUUCGACUUUUUGGCGCUCCGAAUGGACUUUGUUCCUCAAUCACCGAAUCCAAACACAUCAAGGCUGUGAAAGAACCAUGGAGAUGA